UACACUGCCGGAAUCCUACAAGAAGAAGAAGAAGAAGAAGAAGAAGAAGAGACAUGCAGGAGGACUUGACCGCUUUGCUUAUGUUUACUGAAAUUCUGUUUUCGUAGCCGACACUAUUUUUGUUCAAUAAAGCCAUCAGUUUCGAUUUAAAACAUGGGGGAGCCACAGCAGGUCAGUGCUCUUCCACCGCCUCCAAUGCAGUUCAUCAAGGAGUACACGGAUGAGAACGUGCGAAAGGGACUGGCCCCCAAACCCCCUCCUCCUAUUCGAGACAGUUACAUGAUGUUUGGCAAUCAUUUCCAAUGCGAUGACAUCAUUAUUCGACCAUUGGAGACCCAGGGCAUCGAGCGCCUCCACCCUAUGCAGUUUGACCACAAGAGAGAGCUGAAGAAACUAAAUAUGUCCAUCCUAGUCAACUUUCUGGACCUUCUGGAUAUCCUCAUCAAAAGCCCAGGCAGCAUUAAGCGAGAGGAGAAGAUGGAGGACUUGAAACUCCUGUUUGUCCACAUGCAUCACCUCAUCAAUGAGUACCGUCCUCACCAGGCCAGGGAGACGCUUCGAGUCAUGAUGGAGGUUCAGAAGAGACAGAGAUUGGAGACGGCUGAGCGUUUCCAGAAGCAUCUGGAGCGGGUGGUGGAGAUGAUUCAGGGGUGUCUUGUUUCGCUGCCUGAUGAUUUGCCACAACCUAACAGCUCCAGCGCGGGAGAGGCUGGUGGCGCGGGGUCAGCUGGAGCCGCAAGACUGAAAACCGAGCCUAUGGAUGUAGAUGUGACGGGUGUUAGCUGCAUGGUUGCACAAACAGACAAGAAUGUGUCUUGUAAGAAGGACAAAGUGGGGGACAAGGAUGCUGCAAUGUGCAGUAUUAUUGAUGAGAUGACUUGAGCUGUCUAAGGAAUGUAUUGUUUUUAUUGUUAUUCAGGACAUGCCCGUUCUUCAACUUUGUUACAAAACUCAACAUAGGCAGACCACAUAUACAUACAGACAUUUGUACUAUUUAACACGGUGAUCUGCUCACACAGUCAUUGAAGUAGAGCUGUAUGUGUAAAAUAAUAAAGAUCUGGUCUUUUCA